CGCGUGGGGCCGGGCCGGGGUUACGAGCGAAUGACGAUAUCACAAACAAUCGCUGAUAGAGGGCGCUAUCACACACAGACUGCAUGCUAUCCUUCAUCCCUUCAAUCAACCCGCACCGGAAAGCAUCUGCCUGCAUUUUGUACUUAAUUAGCUGUAAAAAAGCAGAGUUUUUCAUUUUUCCCCCUUAUGGUAAAAACCUUCACUUUCCACAUAUUUUCGACUGCUGGUGAAAGUUCGUGCAUCAAAGGAUACGAUCUGAGAGAAGCCUUACAGGACCUCGGCAUGUCAUCUCUCUAUGCACGACGCAUGGCACGCCUGAGUGCCCGUAUUUUUGGGGAUGUUUUCAGACCAACCACCUCUCAGUCAAUGAAAGUUGUACAACUAAUGAGAGAGAAACCACGAGAACACAAACCAGAGGUUACAGAGUACUACCCACCGCACACCGAAGUCUACAAGAUGAUGAGAAGGCUCCAGUUUGUGGGACUUUACAGGGAUGAACAUGCUGAUUUCCGUGCUGAGAUGAGGAGAGUUGCUCGUCUUAAAGGGAAGGCCCCGCCCAAAAAAGGAGAGGGCAAACGAGCAAUGAAGAGAAAAUGAUCAGCCAAUUUGGCAAGCAUUGAACCUUACAAGUCUUAGAUGGAUGCAAGGAGACUGUUAAUCAUCCACAUAUGGAUGUACAAGUACUAAGAGUUUGAUCAAGGAUGUGUCAGAGAUGAAUGACAAAGUCUGUAUCUGACCUUAGUUUGCAGAUGCAGUCUUUGUGCUGCAAUAAAUGCAUGUAUAUAGAGGAGUUAUGUCUUACAAAUUAUCAAGGCCAGUCAAAAAAAAAAUCAGCAAGUUUCUCGUCCCCGUCCACUUUUCUCUCCCACAAAGAUGCAAAAAAGCUUCUUUUUUGGGGGUGUGAUUUAUUUGGAUGUUUCGGAUUUCAUGUAGGCCUACUUUCUAAAACAGCCAUUGUUUCCAGACAAUUGUUUCGAAACAGUGUUAGUUUCAGGUAAGAUCUCCCCCCCCCCCCCCCCCCGACUCCUGUCAACAGCAUUUAAACACCUUUUUUCCCUGCCCGGCAAUUUGGGUACUUUAAUUAAUCUGAUUUGGCAGAGACAUCAACCAACUAUUGUAGAUUUGGGCCGAACAUGAACUUCUCAUGUCAUCAUAACCUCAUCAUGUGUCACAUGACAUCACAUACAUGUAUGUGUCCAAUUGCUUGUAACUUGGUAUGACCAUGCAGGUAUACCACAAAGUGAAAAUCCACACUCAUUGGAGGGCUCGUAAUUUUGAAUCUAAUUGUCUUAUGAUGAAGUCAUUCAUAUAGACCUUUGGGAAAUUUAGUUAGCUACGUUUUGAUAUCCCAUUUGCUACUAAAGACUGUAUAUCAUCCAAGAUUGACAACAAUUUAUGAAAAAUGCUGCAUUUUGAAAACUUUUCAAACUGCAUAAUUUUUCAAAAACUGUUGUUAGUGUUGGAUGAUUGGUAGCUUAACAACAUUCCCCAAAGGUCUAUACAAAGGACGUUAUUAUUAAAUGAUCAGAUUCAAAAUUAUGUCCCUCCAAUGAAUGUAAACUUUCUUAUUUUUUGGUUGUGUUUAGAUGAACACUGUAGGGUGUGAUGACAUCGUCACAUGUUACGUGACACCACAUUAAAGAUCCAUUUUUCAAAGGCCUAUAUAUACAGCUACACAGCCAUGUGGUUGUGAAGGCCUAAGCAUCGCUGUUGUUAAACAAGUUAAUCCCAAUAUGUACUUGGACGCUAUAACAGAGCAGUGAAAUUCAUGCACCCCCAAAAAAUGGCUUUUUGAAUGUUGUGUUUCUCAGAAAAUAUGCUCAGUAUGAUUGAAAUGUAAAAUUAUAACAGAAGAAGAAAUUCUAAACUUCAUGUCAGUGAAAAAAUUGCUGUCAUCGAUUGCUGUAACGUCGAUACUGGUUACUGGUAAAACUGACCUUAAAGUUGAGAAGAAAUCAUUCGAAAAUGUUCCCGAAUCUAUGUAUUUAUCUCAAUUUUUAGGAGUCCCCUCAAGUUGUUACUUCAGGAGUAGCUGAACAUUGAUAUCAUUUCAGUAUAUUCUGAAAUUCAGCUUAAUCUAUCGUUGCAAAGUCUUGUGUGACAUCUUGAACUACCUCCAAGAGAAAUUUUGACAAGGAUUUUUGGCUGACCAAACUCACGCACAUGUACAUGGUUUUCAGGUUGGCCGAUUUUGGUGCAACAAUGCUGACGAAGUGCAUAUUAGCAUACAUCAUUAACGUAACUCGGCGUGACUUGCACGGGUCUCGGUAUCGACGAUUGGAAGCCAGCAAUAACUCGUGAAGGAGGCGAUGCUGCAAAUUUUUACUGCACACCAUAGUAAAUGGGAAACUUAUUAAUAUUCGCGAGGCUUGCAAAGAAUUGACAGAUAUUGUUGAAUAAAUGGCCCCUAAACCAGCAUUGAUAUCGAUCAUUCCAGGAUCAUGUAGGCCAAUGAUUGGCAAAAUAAACAACAGUCCUGUGGUAGCUUGUAACAAUACAGCAGUACACAUGGUACACAUGCACUCAACCACCAUUGUGUGAGGACUUACCGGUACGCGGGCCUGUGAAACACAGUUGCUAUGCUCUUGUGGAAUAAGUCUUAACACGACAUGUUCGUACUGAGGAUGUUAAUAAUGAAAGCGUGGAUCUGGAAUUUGCUUCUUUUUUUUCUUCUUUUUUUGGUAAACACGUCGCCCACGGAAAAAUUUACUUUUUUCUUUACCGAGCAUCUUUGUAAUACUGGACACAAUGAAUAUAUGUAAACAAUAUUCCAGGUUCCUAUGAAAAAAACUUCUUGUAAUUUGUUUUGAUAUGGCAGCAGAGGUUUAUACCCUGUACAUCUGUUGUAAUGCAAUGAAGAUGACUAAUAAAGCAUUGAAUAUACAGGGUGAAGCAUAUUGCAUGCAUAUUAAAGCUAAAAUAUGGCCCCUCAGCAUAAACACAAAAAGUCUGGAAUUAUCGCAGAAAGAAAGGUCACAAAAUUGGAGCAUUUUAACUGUUUAUUUCUUUUAAAAGGAGUAACAGGCUCUGUCCAUUAACAGCGGCCAUUCCCCAACCUGGUCAUCCCGCAUUGAAGACUGGCUCCUCACACUGUUAUUCCCUAAAAACAACAACCGUGUCGUUUAUUGAAUUCUUUAAUUUUUAUUUGACACAACUUGCAAUUGUACAAUCCCAAUAUCUACAGAACUAUACACCCUACCUGGAUGGAACUUCUACUUGUAACUGUACAUGCCAGAUGAUACCAAAAUAAUUGCCGAAACAGCCCUUUGUUUGUCCACAUAAAUAGAUCUAUUUUUUUAUUUUAUUGAUUGUAAUCGUCAAUUUGAAAAAUGUUUCCAAAAUGUUUAUUUGUUUCCAGCAAAAUUGUAGCCAUACGACCACCACCUUCACGACCACCUUCAAAAUGGGGGCGCUCUUCAAAACUGACCAUUAUUAUGCAUACUGCAAACUUAUGUAACCAUUUUCACGGCGCAUUGUGAUGGCUUUUUAGCAGGUUUUCUUUUUGGAUUGAUGUCAGAACUCUCUUACCAUUUACUAAAAUAAAUGCUGUACAAAGAAUCCAGAGGGGGGCCGAGUGCCCCCUCUGCGCCCCCCCCCCCCCCCCCCCACUCUGGAUACGCCACUGAAGUGGGCAUUUUCCCGCUAAGCGGGCGAGACGAAGCCUUGCAGAUAAGAUAACUUAUUACAUCUGAGUGAAAGAUUACAAUUUCAACAAUUUCAUGUAGUUAAAAAUACAAAACAUACAUAAAUUACAUUGUCAGGAUAAGAAAUACCCAGAGGUGUAGUAAAUCUUCAACCCCGUGUCUAAAAUGUAUGACUAUGAUUGUAUUUUAUGAUCUUGACAUUGCUAUUUAUUUUAUAGAAUUAUCUAUGUUGUUGUCCACUAUUUAGAAUUAUUCUGAUAAAUCUUUCUUUCUUUUCACGACAA